CUCUUUCCGUUCAUUUGGAAGGAAGUGAAAGAUUUGGUUCUCAGUAAUCUGGAUGUGGAAAAUAGUUUCUCAAUUCUCUCCGUCACAAGCUCAAAAGGGAAAACCGGACUGAAGAUCAGAGUGGCUCGUUUCAGCUCCAACAGUGGACGCUAAUUAGAGAUGGUGGGCGCAAAGCAGGAAGGUGGGCGUUCUUCAGGCCCGCUGGCGAGCCGAAUGAUUUGGUAGAAAACUGGGGAAAGAGCUGCGUAUCACCGACGCUUUAGUCUUUACUACGAGUCUGCUCUUUUUCCUUCCUUUUCUGUCCUCUCUCUCUAUCUCUCCUGUGUAUGAUAGACAGAUCUUCAGUUUCUGUGUGGUGAUUGUGUGUACGUCACGAAGAGAGACGGUUUUUAAUGCAAGAACGAGGAUCCCGCUGUAAAAGUGAGAGAAACGAGGGAGGGAGUUGGGGUUAGAGUAAACUGUGAAACGCGGGGAGGAGGAGGAGAGGUCGCCGACAGAGUAAAUGAGAUUGCUGAUAAAAAGGCAGUGCACGUUCGGUUGUGCUCUCUGCCUAUUCCCCAUCUGUCUCUCUGCUUUCAGUCGCUCCUCCUCUGAGGAAUAAUACGGAAAGGAGAUCUGGUGAGGUCAGUCAUUCAUCGUUGCUUCUACAUUUAAACCUCCUACUUCUUUUUCAUAGUACAGGUCCUCCCUCUGUUGCUCACCGCUUCUAAUCUUAACUUUCCUCCUUAGCAUUUCUGAGUCCUCUUAUCUCCUGCACCUUUCUUCCUCCUUACUUCGUUUCUCUCUUUCUCAUCUCUAUAUGGUUCUUAUGGAAAAUGAAUUAAGUUGAGCAGAUCUAUUGCUUAUAUCGGGUGUUCAUGUGAAGCGUUGUGUUUGGAAGAUGUCGAAGCUAUCCAUAUCGGGGUACUUUGUAUCUGAAAAGGUGAAGGGUAAAGAAUACAAGCAAGGGUCUUAUCCUGAUAGAAAAUUCAGAGCUCUUCCAAUAACUGUAGUGGUUCUAUUACUCUGCGCACUUUCAUUUUAUCUUGGUGGUGUAUUUUGCUCUGACAAGCAUAAGCUGCUUGAAAGGCCAGUAGUUGUAGCCCCCCAAACCCCUAAAAAGGUUGCAGUUACUUCUCCUCAACUUAAGUCGGUUGUUUUUCCUGAGUGUGGCAUUGACCAUCAGGAUUACACCCCAUGCACAGAUCCGAAGAGAUGGCGAAAAUACAGUUAUAAUCGACUUUCAUUCAUGGAGCGUCACUGCCCUCCACUCUUUGAGAGAAAAGAAUGCUUAGUUCCCCCACCAAAUGGGUACAAGAUACCCAUCAGAUGGCCAAAGAGCAAAGACGAAUGUUGGUACAGGAAUGUUCCUUAUGACUGGAUUAACAAUCAGAAAUCAAAUCAAAAUUGGUUAAGAAAACAAGGGGAGAAGUUCCUGUUUCCAGGAGGUGGAACCAUGUUCCCCAAAGGUGUUGGUCAUUAUGUGGACUUGAUGCAAGCUUUGAUCCCAGGGAUGAAGGACAAGAGCAUAAGGACAGCUCUUGAUACUGGUUGUGGGGUUGCUAGCUGGGGAGGUGAUUUACUAGAUCGUGGAAUCCUAACAAUGUCCCUUGCACCAAGAGACAAUCAUGAAGCCCAAGUGCAGUUUGCUUUGGAACGUGGCAUUCCUGCAAUAUUGGGAAUUCUGUCUACUCAACGCCUGCCUUUUCCGUCAAACUCAUUUGAUAUGGCCCAUUGCAGCAGAUGCUUGAUUCCAUGGACUGAAUUUGGUGGAGUUUAUCUUCUGGAGAUACACCGGAUACUUAGGCCUGGGGGUUUCUGGGUCCUAUCUGGGCCCCCUGUUAACUAUCAAAACCGUUGGCGUGGAUGGAAUACCACAAUUGAAGAACAGAAAGCCGACUACAACAGUUUGCAGACUCUGCUUACGAAAAUGUGCUUUAAGCAGUAUAGCAAGAAAGAUGACAUUGCUGUGUGGCAAAAGUCCACAGACAAUAGCUGUUAUGAUAAACUGGCUAAGGCAGACUCGUAUCCACCAAAAUGUGAUGAUAGUUUUGAGCCGGAUGCUGCUUGGUAUGUUCCUCUCAGGCCCUGUGUGGUGGCUCCGGACCCCAACUUGAAGAAAACAUCAUUAAAAUCACUACCAAAAUGGCCUGAACGUCUUCAUGCUGCUCCCGAGAGGGUCAGUAUCAUUCAUGGGGGCAGUGCUGGUGCAUUUAACCAUGAUGACUCUAAGUGGAAAGUCAGGGUCAAGCAUUACAAGACUCUUCUUCCCGCUCUUGGGACUGAUAAGAUUCGCAAUGUCAUGGACAUGAAUACUGUGUAUGGAGGCUUUGCUGCUGCUCUAAUUGAUUCUCCAUUGUGGGUGAUGAAUGUUGUGUCUUCAUAUAGUAUCAAUACUCUCAGUGUUGUGUUUGACCGAGGCUUGAUUGGCACGAACCAUGAUUGGUGUGAGGCAUUCUCUACAUAUCCUCGAACAUAUGAUCUCUUGCAUCUUGAUGGCCUCUUCACUGCUGAAAGCCACAGGUGCGAGAUGAAGUAUGUGCUGCUUGAAAUGGACCGUAUCCUAAGACCAGAUGGCUAUGUGAUCAUGCGCGAGUCCAGCCAUUUCGUGGAAGCAAUACAGAAUGUUGCCAAGGGAAUGAAAUGGAGCUGCCAGAAGCAUGAUACGGAGUACAGUGUGGAGCAGGAAAAGGUUCUUAUCUGCCAAAAGAAGCUUUGGUAUUCCUCAGGCAAGAAGACGACAGAGUAGUAUAGGAGUCUUGAUUUCUUCAUCGUAAUUACAAGAUAAAGGAAGCAAGUAAUGAGAGAGAGGGAGAGGGUUCAACGACUUAUGAAUGCUUGGUAGGAUGCAAAGUUUCUGCUGAGCUUCAGGAGUUCCCCUACACGUAGACUAGAAUGAAAUACGUGAUGUCCGUCAUUAUCUUUCACAAAUGUAUUCUCAGGCAAUUUAAUUCUUUAUAUCCCUAUUUUUCAUGCGAUUCUUUGAGGCGUCCAGGAAGAAGCAGAACUAUUCAAAUCAAAAUUGAUUUUUUCGCUGUAAUUGUUAAAAGUGAGUCGGCAGAUAUGUAUGUGAUACUCGAUUAUUUUCCAAUCCAGUAAUAAUAUUUCUAUUUCUGUAUUUA